ACAAGGACUUGCCCUUGGACUUUCUGUGGGUGCCCCAGCCACCCUGGUCAGGGCCCCGGGAGCGUGGCCUCACCAUACACUCCCCUGCCUCCCUCUCGGGGCUCCCCAAGGCUGGGGAACCAACGACCUGGAUCAGGGCGGGCGUGGGCUGCCGUCUGCACGCAGCCCCUUCUCUGGGGCCCCCUUGAGCCCCAGUCACAGCAGUGAGGGAGCGGGAGAGAGAGGACCGCAGACCCAACCGCCGGCACUCCAGGGAAAAAGGGCAUCGCCUCCUUUGGUGAAAGACACUCCCUGCUGAUGGAGGAUGGGAAAUCCCUUCCUCCUGCCGCAGCCCAGCUGGCCUGCAGCGGGCCCGCUAGCAUAGUGUGGAUCCUGUAGGCUGUCGCAGCUGCCGUCGCCCCAGAAAGAAAGCGCCCCAGAGCCAAAGCUCCAAGAGCCGCCGUCACCGGGAGGUUCAGAGCCGGCGUGAGGCUGCCGGGGAAGCAGCUGGCUCGCGGUGACAGUGACAGCACAGAGCAGACGAGACCGAGUGGAUUCGCUUUGCCCUCGGCCGCGGAGAGGCGCAGCUCUCAGCCUGCAUGCUCUUCAGCCUCGAAAGCACCACAACCAGCAACUGCUGAGCCAUGGCUGAAGGCGAAAUCACAACCUUCACGGCCCUGACCGAGAAGUUUAAUCUGCCUCCAGGAAAUUACAAGAAGCCCAAGCUCCUCUACUGCAGCAAUGGGGGCCAUUUCCUCAGGAUCCUUCCAGAUGGCACAGUGGAUGGGACCAGGGACAGGAGCGACCAGCACAUUCAGCUGCAGCUCAGUGCGGAAAGCGUGGGGGAGGUGUAUAUAAAGAGUACGGAGACCGGCCAGUACUUGGCCAUGGACACCAGCGGGCUUUUGUACGGCUCACAGACACCCAGUGAGGAGUGUUUGUUCCUGGAGAGGCUGGAGGAAAACCAUUACAAUACCUACACAUCCAAGAAGCACGCAGAGAAGAACUGGUUCGUUGGCCUCAAGAAGAAUGGAAGCUGCAAACGUGGUCCUCGGACUCACUAUGGCCAGAAAGCCAUCCUGUUUCUCCCCCUGCCAGUAUCCUCGGAUUAAAGAAAUGACCUGGGUGCUGACCACGCUGGAGGAGCCUGAGGGGUCUGCACCCGGGUGACCCCAGAUGAUGCCCUUGACCAUUGGCUGCGCUAAGCCCUGGCCCACAGAGCCUGAAUUUGUAACUCGCUUCUAAAUGCCCAGCUCAUCUUUUUUUUGGUAGAGCCCUUCACCCUGGCACAGUUUGGAACAGAGGGACCAAAUGGCUUUUAGGGGCCUACUGGCUGGCCAGUCGGGUCUGGUUUGGAAAUCCAGCUGCCUCUGGGCAUUCGCUGCCAGCUGCGGCUCUCAACAUAAAGGUGGGGCCGAGUGAAAUGUGAGCUGGGGGUCGCCAAGUGGGUGAGGAGGUAACUGCCUACAAUUCCCUCCUCAGAGUAAACCCCACCCGAGGGUCCCCCAGAUGUCUGGCGUGACUCCAUGUCAUCCUUUCAAUACUGAGAAGCUGAGCAGAGAAGCCUGUGGCAGCAUUAGAGGAGGGCAGCUUUCCAUGGGUGGAAACAGGAAUGAUGAAAUCCCCUCUCAGGAACAGAAGGGAUUAACAAGGCAAGGCUGGGUUCUAGUGGAUGCCUUAGAAGAACAGGAUCUCAAUGCCCAAUAAACGACCUGGGCGGCUCAGGCACCAGAGCUGAGAAGGAGGGGGCUCAGGCAUAGGAGUGCGGAAGGAAGGCACGGCCUUGGGAGUUGAUGUGAUCCCCAAGGCUAUUCAGCAGCAGGAAGCCCCUGGAGGAGGUCAGGUGCAGAGCAGAAGUGCGUUCUUGACCAAAGAUUUGGCGAAUUCACUCGGGCUGGGGGAGGGGGUGUGUGAGGGCUAAGAAGGAAGGGGAAAUGAGCUAAGAGGAUGAUUCUAGAAGUGCGAGGCAAAGAGAAAGGGCUGCCAUGACCAGCGCCUGACCACCAGGAGGCAGAGACUUUUGGGACCGGGGCAGUGUGCAGACAUCUCCUUUGACUGCAGAUUCUGGUUCAGUGGGUCUGGGCGGGGUUUUUUCCCCUAUUUCUAAUAAGCUCCCUCCCAGGCGCUGGAGAUGCUGCCUCCCCACCCCCACCCUAUGUAAACCACAAGGUCUCCAGGUGUUAAAAUGAAAGGGGCUCAAACACCAACUAUCCCCAGCCACACCCUUCAAUACCCCUCUAAUCCUCCCGCACUCCGGGAUGGCAGCAUCAGCAGUUCUGCCUGUGUCCUGUGUUGGGAGCAUGGCUUUAAGGCGCUUUGGCCCAAUGCCUAUACAAUGCCCAUUGAGAAGAUACACAAAAGCAUCCUUCGAAAAUGUUAAACCCUUGCAAACAGCUUUUCCCAAGAGGCCAUUUGAGUUCCGGUGACUUUGCAUAAACACGCUUCCUGCUUAAGUAAACCUGACCCGAGUGGCUAGCUACUUAGAAACAUUGUUCAUCUCUGACAUGAUACUGUUGCCAUGCGAGGACAUUUAAUAAGCCAUUUAAAUUUACUGUGAGCCUGUACAUUUUCGUCACAUUUAAAAGUAGGUAGCUCAAAGGCAGUUCAGAGAGCAUUCAGUCACUGAGAAUGAUAAUAAUGUAUAAUAAGCUCAAUUAUCUACUCCUUAGACUACAUUUGCCUAUGAAAGGAGAUUUUUCUGUUUUCCACUGUGCUGUUAACAAUUACCCCUUGAAAACGGGGACUCUUAAGCAAUGACGUAAUUGUAGAUUAGAAGUGAUAAGAGGGUUAGCUCGUGUUUUAUAAGGAAGCCAUUGUUAAUUGAAAGGUAAUUUCUCAGUCACUGAGCUGUAUUUCGGAAGGAAGGAGAACACCAACGUGUUGAAGUGACAGCGCAGGUGCGGAACUGAACUAACACCAACGAUACCACUCUGCAUUUGUACCGCCAAACAUGGCAUAACUUUUUUGGGUUUUGUAGCUUGGAUAAGCUUUAUUUGGGUAAAUCUUUGUAGGCAAGGUGGGGCUAGUGCGAUGUGGCUCGACAUCUCUUUGCUAUGAAGAUUUGGCCAGGAAAAGGUACCCAGAGAGGAAAUACAAGAUAUUUAUAAAGGCUCAUGAUUUUUAGUGUAUGAAUCAAAUUCAAGGAUGACAUUGGCCAACAAAAAUGAAAUACUGUGGCUAACAGCGAGCUGGAAGUCUGUGAUUGCAGAGACGCAAAGCAUUGAAAGCAAAUAGUCCUGUGACCUUGACCACCUUGGCCCAGUCGCUGUUCGUGUGUUUGGUUCAGGAAUGUGUAGGUGCCAAUGGUGUGCCAGGCACCAUGCUGGGUACUAGGGCCCUUGGGAACCUUGUCUGUCUGGUUUGCUGCUGUCUUCUCUCCCAGGGCAUCAUAUUUAUGACGAAAGAUGCUGGGGAUUCAUUUCUUUCAGUCAAGUAAGAACAGAGAUGUCGGAGGUUCCUGCUGAAUGAGCAGCAAGUCCCAGAAUCCAGAGUUUUUGGAAGAAUUAGCAACCCCCAGCCUAAGAUAAUCCCCCUACUGAAGUUUCAGAGGACACGGAAAAGGUAAACCUAACAUUCCAACUGCAGAACCAUGUCAGGUCAGGGUAACCGCUUUCAAAUCAGAAAAAAGGGCUGUUCGGUCUUUGUCAGAAGAAGGGGGUGGCAGCUCCCUGCUCCGUUUGGAACAUACUCUCAUUCCUUCCUUCAACACGGAGCCGUCCCGUGGCUUUCUCUCUCCCUGAGUAUGUCCUGGAGCCAUCUGCCUGUCAGAUGCCUCUCAUGUGGAUUCAUGUCCAGGCCAGCUGUUAUGAGUUGCCUGACAUUCUGUACAAAGCAUCAGGAGCGUAUAUGCUUUUGAUUGUUUUCAAUGGGAAGGAGGAGAUGGCAGGAAUCUGUUUCCUUGGAAGGGGGGAUAGGUAACGCCUCCUCAGGCCAACCUUGUGUACUUAACAGACUGGAGCAUCUCGUGGUACUGAAGACCAGGGUCCUUGUUUUGCAUUGGAGGAGACGGAGCCCAGGUCCUCAGACUUGGAGAACGAGCUGUUCAACCUCCUGAGCUCCUGGGCUGCAAAGCAGACCUCUGAAGAAGAUGACUGUCAUUUUAUAUCACUGUUUUUUGCACCUUAAAAAUAUUAAUAAAUGUUCCACUUACAGGUGA